AUGCGGGAAGUUCGAACACCGGUGACGAUUAUGGCUCGCUCCUCUUUUUUUCAUGUGAAGAGAGGCAAUGUCUGGAUUUGCACUGUAACCCGUCAAAACGUGAACGCUGCAAUGGUGUUUGAGUUCCUGAACAGCUUCGGCAAUGCGAUGCAAUCAUAUUUUGGAAAGCUUAACGAAGAGAACGUCAAAAACAACUUCGUAUUGAUUUAUGAGCUGUUGGAUGGUGGGUUCUAUAUUGUUCUACCGGUAAUUCUUUUUGAUGUGAAAAUGUGA